AUGAGGAAUAACAAGUUCAAGCUUUCAGACAUGAUUCCCAAUGCUUGGUUUUACAAGCUAAAGGAAAUAGGCAAACCAAAAAACCAAACAUCAACAACGACCUCAAAGAACAGAAAACAUUCAUCUUCCUUACCCUCAAAAACAACCUCAAUAUCCUCAAAGCCAAAUCAACCCAACCAAAACCAAUACAUUCCUAGAAAAUCUUACUACUUCACAAGAAACCUUAACCAAAACAACAACAUCAAAUUAUCCUCUUCUUCACCAUCCAAAAACAGAACAAGAAAAACAACAACAACAACAUCAACAACAUCAAAAUCAAAAACAUGUUCUUCACCAAAACGUGUCACCUCCUCUGUCUCCGCUGAUUGUAGCUGCCGAACCACACUCGAAUCGGUCUGGACGAAAUCAGAAACACUUUCUUCCUCUCCGCUAAACAGCUUAUAUGAGUCGGAAUCCGUUGACACAGAGUUCAGAACAGAUAGAGUUCUGCUUCCCAAUGAAACAUCAUUCGAUGAAAUGGUUUCUUUCUCCAUUUCUUCUUGUCCUUGCAACAACAACAAUAUCAACAACAACAUAGAUAUUGUUAUCGAUGUCGACAAAAAUUCCCUACCUAGAAAAGAUGAUAAACUUGAAGACUACAAUUCAUAUAAACUACAACUUCCUCCUAUCAUCACAAAACCAAAAAUCAAAAAAGAACACAAACCCGAACAACAACAACAACAACAACCGAAGAACAUGAACAAGAACAGGAACAAGAUUGGUUCGGUAAAUUCUCCUGGAAUGAAGCUUCGUAUAAAAUCUCCGAAAAUCGCCACUAAAAAACUUCAGAUAUAUCACAACCGGAAAAGUGCAUCGUCGACAACAACGACAACAACCUCCGGCUACCACCGGAGAAGAAGCUUCUCCGGUAGUGUUGCAAUAGUGAAGUCAUCUUUUAAUCCUCAGAAGGAUUUCAGAGAGUCAAUGGUGGAGAUGAUUGUGGAGAAUAACAUAAGAGAAUCAAAGGAUUUGGAAGAUCUUCUUGCUUGUUAUCUUUCUCUGAAUUCAGAUGAGUAUCAUCAGCUUAUUAUCAAGGUGUUCAAGCAAAUAUGGUUUGAUUUGACUGAAAACAGGGUACAGAAAUAUAACUAG